GGAGUUUUCUCGUCCACGAACCACCAUCUCCAGUUCCUCUAUCCUCUCAGAGGCUGCGAGGUUGCUCGAGAACCCGCACAUUCCUUUCCUUACCACUCUCCUAGCAAGGAAUUUUCGUUCUUUUUACAUUCAGAAAACGCCAAAAAAAGAAAUUCCGCUCCAGUUAUCAUGCAAGUUGACGGCAACAAACCUGAAGAUGUUGAAGCGCAGAUUCGCUUAGACUCUUUCAAACUAGGAAAACCCCGGCCAACGCAUUCUCAUGCCCGUUCUCAUUCACGUAACGCUUCAAUGUCAUCUUUUUCUUUUGGUACUUCAAAAUCGCAGCCCACAAACUUGAACGAACUCUCUACCCAGUCCACGAAGCGCAACUCUCACCACCGUCGCCGUUCCUCUGUCUCUACUCGUCAUGAGUCAGCGGAAAUGAUGGGUGUGGCUGUUCCAGACCUACCCCAGUCCAACUCGGAUGAUAACAUGACUUUUGGCGACAAAGAUUCCAUUCGUCGCCGAGCACUCUGGGCUCUAGAGGGAAAGCAAGAUGUUUCCUAUUCCAAAGUUGAAAUCCCAGAAUUAGGAUCAUCGAAUAAUGACAUUGGCUUUGAAUUUCCCUCGAUGCCAUCGUUUCCCCCAGGUUCAGGUGCGGGAUCCAGCCUGAGCAGUCUUAUGUCCAGCAAACGAGACUCUUUCAAAUUGCUGACAGCCAACUCCUCAUCCAAGGAUCAAUUGCAUACGUUGGUUGAGGAGGACGAAGAUGAGGAAGACAGUCCAGGUUCCAUCCCUGCUUCGUCCACGUCACCGCUGCCCAAUGAGCCUCCUGUGUCCUCAAUCAAGCCCCUUACGUCGAAACCGCGUCCGGCAAGUCUCAACCUUCGCCCGCUUUCACUCACGCCCGAUAAUCUAAACAGCCAUAAUUUUGGGCUCCCAAGUCCCGUCCCAACUCCUAGCCCUAUCCAGCCUCGUUCCGGUCUUCGAUCUCUGUCAUUGGCAUCUGCUCCUUCAGUGAGUGUUACCCACCGCCGGCCCCCAUUGAACCUACAAAUAGCCUCCGAUGGGUCGCUCGUCAAAGCUGGCGAUUCGAAAGCCCCAGACAAUAGAGCUCUACCUCGACGAAGUAGUAUCUCUUACAGGUCUUCGUCAACGUCCUCUACUUCAUCGAAUCCCGGUUUGCCAACACCCGAAAUGACCCCAACCUUUGCCCUCGAACACAGAUUCUCACUGAAUAGCAACGAUGACGAUGACAGCUUUCCGAUGUCCAUUUCUUCGUCGUCCUCAUCCUCUAGUCGGAGCCAAAGCCAAACACGGCCGCUAAGUGUUAGUGAGCAGCAUUUUUUAUACAAAAGCCACAAUGCUCUCUUGGCCAGAAUCAUGGAUUUGGAGAAGGCCCUGACAACGCGGAAACGUGACGACGGGUCCAGGCCUAUUUCCGUGCAGUCUGAUGCGUCGUCACCGUCUGUUGGCAGUGAUGACGAGAUGUUCCGUCUUAUUUCAGAUUUGAAAGCCGAGAGAGAUGAACUAAAACGUGAUGUCGACGGAUGGAGGGUCAGAGUGGCUGAUAUGGACAAGCAGUUGAUCACCUUUGCCAAACGUGUUGAAAGUGAACGACGAGAUGCUUGGGUAGCCAGGACAAAAUGCGGCAUGAUCGAGGUAGAGCGUGCAGGAUUGGAGAAGAAAGUUGAGCUCCUCAAUGAUCAGCUUCUUUCGUUCAAGGAUGAAGCGAAGACGCUGGUGGCACAGGUUGACAAGCUAUCGAUCGAGAAAAAGGACCUGGAAGAAGAAGUGAGGCGACUGAAGGAAACCGAGGUUGAUAUGUUGGCCACUCCUACCACGCAAUCAUUCACUCCCUUCAUUCGCAAGCGGGACGCUGGGAUUUCCUCCCUCGACUCUGCCAAUAGUUCUGUCACAGACGUCGACGGCGAUUCUGAUUUUUCUUCUACCUUUGGCUUCAGGUUGAAGGCCGUCGCUGAGGAGCCUGAUGACAUCUUAUCCGAUGAAGACAAUGGACUUGCUGGGUACGAGGAUGAAGAAGAGGAUGACAUUGACGUGUCAAAUAGUCCCAUCUCGGACGAUGAUUUUGGUUCUGAUGACGGCUUCCCCAGAUCUGUCGUGACUGUGAAAGAAGUGACCCCAGCUGUCAAUGUUAUACCCCCCUCGAGGUCUUGCUCUCCAGGACUACCAACCCCCUUGCGUACGCCGCCUUCUCAUCAAUCUCGUGCAUCUCUGUCGAAAACCUGGACAUUCCCACGUGGCAUCCCAGUCUCUCAACCCGUUAAUAACAAAGAAAUCGAGGAAAUUGAUCGGUUCUUUGGUUGCUUGGAAGAACCAGAUGACGUAUCUGACGGAGUUUCCGAAGGGGAUACGACAGAGGACAUGUAUACAUUUGAGCGAAGCAAGAGUUUGUUCGCGAGCGGCUUUAAGUACCAAGAUGAUAUGCCGCCUUGGCUCCUCAGCGGCGCCGAAGAAGUUGUGGACAAAUCUCUCGAUGUGGUUAUUGAGGAAGACGAGGAAGAGAAUGGCAGCGACAUGACUCGCGUAGAAGACGACGAGCUCUUUGGUGAUGCUGGAGGUAUCAAAAUCACGUUCACUCCUCCCAUCGAAGAUACUGCAUCUGAGCCCUCGGUUCCCGAAACGCCCAGUCCAAAGGCUUCUGUGAAGCCCAUUCCUUUACUGGCUGACUUUGAGGAUGACCAUGAGGAUGAUGUUGUCCGUACAUCUCCUCUAGACUCCUCUCGGCCUGCCUUCGCACAAAUGGUCACCCCCCCUUCUUCGAUACCCCGCCUGGCAGCGACACCUUCGGGCAUUCCUCGCGCUGUUUCCAGAGAGCAGCCAUCCCCAUGCCUUUCCCGUUCUCCCCCGACAUACGCGACCCCUCCAAACAAGCGUGGUGGUUCCAUGCCCUCUUUUAUUCCCCAACCGGUUUCGCCUUGUUCACCAAAACAACCACGGGCAUCUACGACAUUCAUUCGCCAACCAUCGCGCACACCUCUGCUGCCCUCCAAAACGAGUAAUGGUAAUAAGAUAUCCUCAAAUGGUUCGACCUCCAAACUCCAAUCAUCCACCAUGAGUAGGUGUACUGAUUUACCUUUAUCUACAGUGAACGGCAGAAUAAACAUGCUCCCUAGAUUCUCCGAUGACUUAUCGGCGUCCACAGGAAGCGCCUCAUCGCGGGCAGGUCCCAAUCCGCAGAUGAUGAGCGUGGAUUUGGGCAAUCGCGAUGUCCCACCUUGUGAUGAAAGCCCGAAGCCUGCGUCGUUUUCCGGACUGAUGACGUCUCCUCUUACACGAUUCACCUCGCUGACGAGUUUGAUACCAUUGCCGUGGUCGCCACGGUCUAAUGCGACGGAGAGUUUUGUGGAUAGUAAAGCUGAAGUUGUGUCCUCGUCUCUUGUUCAGGAGAGGAGGAUGUUUGUUUCAAAGGAACGACAGUUGGAGAAGUUGAAGGUUCGGUUUAAGACGGAAGGUGCGGUCAAGUCGUAUGGUGGUGAUAUUUGCAAGAAAUGCCACGAUGACGAGCCGGUGUUUCUUUGAGGAUGUCUGGACAUUCAAAUGUGUAUAUACUGCAUGACCGCGAUUCGGACGGGGUUUUUUCUUCUUUUUUAUAAUGUUUCUAUUCUUAAAUGUACAUUUUGCUACCUUUUUCUUCCAUUCUUCAUCUUCCACACGUUCGUAGCUAGAUGCUACAGGGGUAACGAAAUACCUUUGUACUUUCUUGU